AUGUUCUACAUGCACCACGGCGAUUCUUCACCAUGGCGUGCUGGUAUAAAAGAGAUGAAGUGGGACGCAAACAUUCAUCCCCUCCCUCUUCAACCUCCUUCGAACCAGUUUUCCCUCUCCCCUUGCUCUCCUAAUACGACGCUCUUCACGAUUCUACACGAAAACAUGCAAUCCAAAUCUCCUAUGUUUGCCGGCGUACUAGUCACCAUAAUUUCUGCUUUCGUUUCCAACGCUACGCCGAUCAUCCAGAGAGAUGUCUAUGUACCACACAUCACCUCACCAAAUACUUCGACUAUAUGGACUGUUGGAAGUAUGGUGAAUGUCACUUGGGACACCUCAGAUGCCCCCACUCAAAUAGGUAACAGGGCUUCAGUCCAGCUGAAUGAAGGGGCCGAUUUUUCGAACCUGGGCAAGCUCGCUCAAGAUUUUGAUCUACGUGCUGGGUUUGUAGAGGUAAAGGUCCCGAAUGUUGAUCCCGCAUCGGAAUACUCUAUUACCCUGUUUGGUGACUCUGGAAACCGUAGCCCUCUUUUCUCAAUCGUUGCCCCGGAAACUGGCAAGACGAAACGAUCCCCAAACUUGGCUCGUGAUGUCUGGGACCCACGUAUCACCUCACCUAUCGCGGGCACUGUCUGGGUUACGGGAAUGACCGUCAACAUUACAUGGUCAGUUACUGGCUCUCCAUUCUCCCCUCACUUUCACCCAUGAAAACUAACUUGGUCGAGCAGGGAUACCUCGGACAAACCCAGUCAAAUCUCUAAUGGUGCUGCCGUGCUACUCAAUAAGAAAGGCUAUGGACAACAGUACCUGAAGGACUUCCGAAGUUUCGAGUUGACGAGUGGGUGGAUCGAAGUGACCGUUCCGGAGGUUGAGCCUGGUAAUGACUAUUCUAUCACCCGUACGUUCACGAUCUAUCCAUUACUCCAACGUUCAAAGCUGAUAGGGUCCUUAUUCCUACCUAGUGUUUGGUGACUCUGGUAACCAAAGCGAAGAGUUUGCGAUCAUCCGCGGUACCACCGACGGGGCCGAUGCUUAAAGGAUCAACAGGAAGGAAGUCGUCUUCCUUGUAAACGACGCCUGCCCUCCCAGCAAUUUUUUUGUUUUCAUUCUUCUUAUAUCCCCAUUUCCAUCCCCAUCACGCAUCAUUGGACUUGUUUGUACAUUCAUAAUGGACGGACGCAUGUAAAAAUACUCAUCGAUGGACUAAUGUCAAUAACGGACUCGCGUACAUCGAUUCUGAUUCUGUAUUUGUAUUUUACCGAGGUAUCUAAGAGCACUGUAAUAAUCAAUAAUCCGUUGCUUUGGUGUUCCAGG